CUCAGAGCAGCCGGUCGGCGGCAUGGUGGGCCGGGCAGCGCUCAAUUACAACACGAGGCGCCACAAACCCCAGCAAAGCAAAGCCAAAGCCAAAGCCCCAGCCUCAGCCCCGGCUCCAGUCUCAGCCCCGGCCCCAGGUGGGGCACAAGCGCGACGAAUUGCAGCAGAUCCCCGAGCCAGAAAAGCCGUUUACAGGCUACUUUGACGCAGUGCGCGACAUUAUCCGCAUGCCAGUGACGACGGCCGAUCCAAACAUCCCGUCGAAACGGGUGACAGCAGAGUACUGCAGCGCACACUUCAAGCAGACGCCGCGCAACGUCAGCAUGCUGACGCGCGACUUUAUCAGUGACUCGCUGUACAAUCCGGCAUACGGGUACUUUUCGAAGCAGGCGCUGAUCUUCUCGCCCAAGCGUGCAUACGACUUUGGCUCUUUCCGCGACUCGGCCGACCUCUUGGGCACGGUUGGGCGGCAGUACGAGGAGAUGGAGCGCGAGCUGGACGACGUGCGCAACAUCCCACGGCAGCUGUGGCACACGCCGACAGAGCUGCUCAAGCCGUGGUACGGGCGCUCGGUGGCUCGGCACAUCGUGUGGCAGCACAAGGCCGACUGCGCAGCGCGGCACAGCGACGACCCGCUUGUGAUCUACGAGAUGGGCGGCGGCAACGGCACGCUGAUGGCCGACAUACUGGGCUACGUGCGCGACGAGGAGCCGGCCAUCUACGCGCGCGUGCAGUACAACCUCAUCGAAAUCAGCGCCAAGCUGGCGCGCAAGCAGCUGGGCAGGCAGUUCGAGGGCGUGCGCAUCGUCAACAAGUCGAUCCUCGAGUGGAACGAGCGCGUCGACGAGCCGUGCUUCUUUGUUGCCAUGGAGGUUAUCGACAACUUUGCGCACGACGUCGUGCGUUACAAUUACGAGACUGGCGAGCCGGUGCAGGCCUUUGUGCGCGUCUACGACGACGGCGAGCUGGAGGAGCUGUACGAGCCGGUGGCCGACCCGCUGAUCAAGGACUAUCUGAGCGCCAGAGCCGCGCUGCCAGGCACCACGUACCGGUCGCCGGCGCUGCCCCCAGCGCUAUACCGGCGGCUGCGGCAGCAGUUGCCGUUAGCGCCCAACCUGACACGGCGCGAGUUCAUCCCGACGCAGACGUUCCAGCUGUGCCGCGUGCUGCGCGACUGGUUUCCGCGCCACCGGCUGGUUCUCAGCGACUUUUACCAGCUGCCCGACACGGUGCCCGACGCGGUCGACGCGCCUGUGGUGCAGACACGCUUUGACGGCAGCAUGGUGCCAUGCGAGACGUACCUGGUGCAGCCCGGCUGGUUUGACAUUUUCUUUCCGACGAACUUUGAGCUGCUGAAACGCGUGUACGACGCGACGUGUCGCCGCGACGCGGCCGGCGCUGGCGAUCGGCGGGAGUCGCGUGUGUGCACCCAGCGCGAGUUUGCGCAGGAUAAUGCUGAGCUGGAGCGCACGCGCACGCGCUCGGGGGAGAACCCGAUGCUGGAGUUUUACGAGAACAACAAGUUUCUUCUGUCGUGACACACAAAUGCUUGGGACAGUUUUACAAU